UAACCGUUCCGGGCCCCCUCCCCUGUCUCUUGUGACCCAGAGGUCGCCCCCCUCCCCUGUCUCUUGUGACCCUGAUGUUGCCCAAUGCCUGGUCUGUGUCCCCAGCUGCUGACUGUCUCCUGUCCUGUUCCAGAAGCCCCCGUGCUGCUGAGGAUGAACCGCUGGGACCACCUGAGCAGACACAGAGCUCUGCCCAACCGCUGCCUCGGCACACUGACCAUGUCCGGCGCGGAGGAUGUGAUCAGCAGGGUCCUGGACUCUUGGAGCCCCCCGGGGCUGCUCCCUGAGCCCCCAGCUCUGGCAACCCCCAGCAUGCGCAGUGAAACAAGUAGAUUACGGAGCUUCAGACUGUGGCCCGCGGGGGCCCCUCACCUGUCCCUGGCAGAGCUUGCCCGAGCUGGCUUCUAUUACCUGGGUCCUGGGGAUAGGGUGCAGUGCUUCUGCUGUGGUGGCGUGCUGAGAAGCUGGGAGCCUGAGGACCGACCCCACGCUGAGCACCGCAAGUUUUUUCCCAACUGCCCUUUUAUCCAUGGCAUGGAGGUGGGUAAUCUGCCCCAGAUGGCGGGUGUGGACUCUGUGGAUGGGCAGAUCCUUGGACAGUUUCAGCACCUCUCUGAGGGGGAAGAGGAUGAAGGGCCCUGGCAGGCGAUAUACCCUGAAAUGAUGGAGGAACGUGAGAGACUGGCUACCUACAGGGACUGGCCCCCCAAUGCCGGGGUGACCCCUGAUCAGCUGGCCCGGGCAGGUUUCUUCUACACAGGUAACAGAGAUAAAGUCAAGUGUUUCCAUUGUGAUGGGGGACUGUGGAACUGGGAGAGGGGGGAUGACCCCUGGAGGGAGCACGCCAAGUGGUUUCCAAGAUGUGAAUUUCUCGUCCACUCCAUGGGACAGGAGUAUGUGCGCCGUGCACAAGAGUCUCAUUUCAGUAGCCCCGAAGCUUCUCCAGACUUCCAACACCCCUCCGUUUCGAGUCCUUCUUCGCUGGCUGAUUCUCCUGACUGGGAUGCCUUCCUUCGGUCGUCCAUAGUUCAGGGUGCUCUACAGAUGGGGUUUGAUCAGAGCUUGGUGUCCAGUUUGGUGCAGAGCAGGGUCCUGCUGACCGGGACCCCAUACAGCUCAGUGUCUGAACUCGUUACAGAUCUAGUUCAGGCAGAAGAGGAGGCAGCUGCAGCGCACCGCGCAGGACCUGCCAGGAUUACUGACGUUCCGGCCCAGAGGGAACGAUCCGAUGUCCAGCGCCAAAAGGAACCAGAGUCCUCUCAGAGUAUGGAGGAGCAGCUUCGACGGUUGAAGGAGGAGAGGAUGUGUAAAGUCUGCAUGGACAAAGAUGUGUCCAUGGUUUUUGUGCCAUGCGGGCACUUGGUGGUCUGCACAGACUGUGCCCCUAACCUAAGGCACUGCCCUAUCUGCCGGGCUGUAAUCCGGGGCAGCGUAAGAGCCUUCAUGUCCUGAUGCCCUCUACAGAUCACUGGGGCCGCUCUCUACGCAACUUCUUUUCGUACCAUAGGUCGGAAAUGGACACCCUGUGAUCCUUCCAUUUGGUGGAGUUUGACACUAAACCUGGCCAGCGAAGAGUCCCUGGCUGUUGCAUCUCCACCCUUAGUGGUGGCUGGUUACAGUAUUAAACUAAAAUAAAAAAAAGAAUCUAAGUUUAAGAAAAUAAAAAAUUUAUAUAAAAAAUGUUGCUGUGGAAUAUUUUGAAAUAAAGUAUAUUUUAUUACGCUG